AAAAGAAACUAUACAAUGGAAUAAUCAUAUCAUCUGUGCUCUGUACAAAGUGUAUAGAAUCUAUAAGACUUGUAAGAAGAAACUAUACAAUGGAAUAAUCAUAUCAUCUGUGCUCUGUACAAAGUGUAUAGAAUCUAUAAGACUUUUCCCAUUAGGAAAUAACAACUAAAAAUGAGUAACCUUGAUGUCUCAGGUGUCUCUGGAAUUGAAACUGAAACAGCCUUUCAUAAAUCUGGCUCUAGCACUGACUUAAACCCAAUGAGUAAUGAGAUUUUCCCAAGCAUGUCACAGUUUUCAGCGGCUAGUGAUGAAUUCAAGACCAUCGGAGCUACAAACUAUUUCCGGGGCUAUGAUUGGUCAAUGGCUGAGUUACUUCAAAAGCUUCCCAGCAGACAAUUAGAAAACGUUGCUGACUUGGCAGCAAGAACAUUGCUUCGAAAGAAAAGUUUGAAACCUCAUCGUAUGACUCUGAGAUUGAGCAGAGAAGACAGCCUAGAGGAUGACAUUAUGGGCUCCCUUGAUCAAGAUCUGCAGUCUGCUACUGACCUGAGUGGGUACCUGGACAGUGCUGUCAGAACAUUUCCUACCACACUAAGCAAAAAGAGAAACAUCAAACACAGUAUAUUGGUGAAAGUGAAGAAACCUGAAAGAGGAUUGCCUUUAUUAAAAUACAGACUUAACAAAGUCUCAAAGUAUUUUACAUUAAAAUGGAGACAGUUCAAAAGGUUACUAGAUUUGUGGCGCUCACAUCUACUGAUAAUUGAAGGGAGCUUUGGAACUAGUGUUGUCUCUUAUUUUAUUUUCCUAAAGUGGGUGCUCCUUAUCAAUGUCCCAGUUUUUUUGUUCACAUUUACCUUGCUAGUAAUUCCUGCUCUUCUCUAUAGCUGGUAUGGUUCUCAGAAAUUGGAGGAUGAUGUGUCUUUCUCUUUUUUGGAUCUCUUUACUGGAUGUGGUUAUCUGGAAAACUCCAUCAUGUAUUAUGGAUUCUACACAAACCAAACAAUGGAAUUAGUACCAGGCCAUUCCUAUGAGAUGAAAUAUGUCUACCUGUUUACUUGUGCUGGUUAUUAUAUAUUGUGUCUUAUUAUUUUAGGAUACAGCUAUCUCAGGUCUUAUAGAAUCUACUACAUUGAGGCUGGUGGACCAACUAUCAACUGUUACUUCAAUAUGUUUGUCAGCGGCUGGGACUAUGGCAUUACAAGCAAUGAGGCUAGCCUGCUGAAACACAAGAGCCUGUACAAUGAAUUUAAGGAAAACUUGUACAGUCAUCAUAAAAAGAAGUCAUUCAGAGACAAAGAUGAACUCACAAAGCUCUGGUUGAUACGAACCUUGACGUGGCUACUUGUGAUUGUGAUGUUAACAUUGAGUGGAUAUAUCACUUACUUUGUCUCCACUGAACUGUCCAUUACAAAUAAGCUGGCUGAAGAAUCAAAAAGUUAUUCAACUUUGAAAACUCUGGCAAUGCCCAUUGUUUUGUCUUCAAUUCAACAAUUAUUCCCCUUGGUUUUUUCUUUUCUUGAAUCAUAUGAGGAGUACAGCUCGCCUAAAAAGCAACUUUAUGUACACAUGUUUAGGGCAAUGGCUUUUAAAGGAACAAUGCUUGCAGUGCUUGUUUAUUUUUGGUUUGCAGUAGCAAGUUCAAAUAUAGAGCAAGAUAUGUCACCAACUUUUGCAGGGAAGUGUUGGGAAACUUUUGUAGGAGAAGAAAUCUACAGACUGGUUAUUGUUGAUUUGAUCUUCGUAUUGGGUUAUUCUUUCUUCAUGGAAUUUAUGAGAAAAAUUUGUUCACAACGUUGGGAACGGAUAAAAAAGGCAGAGUUUGCUAUAGCUCAGCACACACUGGAAUUAAUUUACUCUCAGUCUUUGUGUUGGCUUGGUUUAUUUUUUGCACCUUUACUGCCCCUUGUAGUAAUUAUGAAACUUGUUCUCAUUUUUUAUGUUAAACGGUUUAGUUUGAUGAACAACUGCACACCUUCAGUGAAAUCUUGUCGAGAUUCAAGGGCACAUACUAUCUUUGUUGGCUAUUUAUUUAUUUUUUUCCUUCUUUGCUGCUUAGCUGUUGGAUACAGUAUAGUUCUCAUCAAACCUAGUAAUGUUUGUGGCCCCUAUCAAAAUUAUUCUGCAAUUUAUGAAGUUAUCAACACAGAUAUAAUUAGCAGAUGGAGGAAUGAUAGCCCAGCUUUCGAUGAGAUAUCCCAAGUGGUAAAUUCCCCUGGAUUUGUUGCAGGAGUCUUAAUAUUUAUGUUUAUGGUAUUAUAUUACACUAGAACUAUAAGUAUUAGUCACAGAGCUAUGGUGGAACAAUUACAGUUGCAGCUCAUUUCUGAAGGGAAAGAUAAAAAGUUUUUAAUGAAUUUACUAAAUCAAGUAAAAAUUAGGGGACAUAAACAAGGCAUUCUUCAUCCAGGUCCAGUACUGCAAAAGGCUUUGGCUGACUACUCUGGACCAGCAACUGCCAGUGAUGCCCAUGCAGUUUAAUCAACAUUUGGAGGUAAGGUGUUUAUCCGCAUGGUUGCUGACAGCAUAUUGGGCUCACCAUUACCCACUGGUAGGAGUUCACCAUGACAGCAGUAUUAAAAUGUUUACAUGACUGAUAUAUAAUAAUUAGUUGUAGGUGACUGAUUAAAAGUUGUCCUCAGUGACUGAUAUGUAAAUGUUCUCAUUAGGAAUUAUUUUUAUUAGUAUGUAUUGACCUAAAUCAAAAUUAUUGAAACUGAAAUUAAUUUUUGUUUUUAAUUUGGCUAUUAUAUUUAUUGUCAUAUGAAAAAGUUCAAGACAUGUAACAUGACUUUUUCAAAUGGUUUUGUUUAUCUACAUAUAAAACCAGUCUGAUGCUUAUUAUUUCUGAAAUGAUCCAUUUUUCUCCCACUAGUUACAUUCCAUGUUCAGCAUUCUCUUAUUUUUGACACAUUACUUUCAAUGUUAAGUUUGGGCUUGGUCAGUUAAUACUUCCUCUUCCUUGAAUGUUGUACGUGUCACCUUUGACCUUGGCCUUCAUGAAUGGCAGUGUUCUUAUCUUCUUAGAACUUGUCAAGAUCAUUGUAUAUGUAUAUAUUGUUAGGUUUAAGAGUUUAAAGAUACUCAUUGAUUAUUCAGUUGUGCCCCCCCCCAGUUUACAGCCAGCUUUUCUGGACACUUAAGUCCACCAGUUCACUAUUUGAGUUCAACAUGAAUGAAGUAAUCUAUAUUUAUAAUUCUCAUCAUGGCUCAAGUCACACUAGAGUUACCCCACGAAAAAAAAAAGAGGGGGAGGGGAGAACAAGUAGUAUUCAGCCAUCAAUAAAUAGCGGGCUGGGCUUAACCAUUGUGACCAAGAAGUCAUGGAAAGAUCACUCUUUUAAUUAUUUCUACCCCAUGUAACUUAAGCGUCAAAAAAAAAGAAAAACAGGGGGAGGGGGGAGAGAGGAUUACUCUAUAUUCACCCAUUACUUAAUAGCACGGCUCCACCAUCUAUGCGAAACAGAUUUCAUGGGGCCAAAUUUGGGUAGGGAUACGAAUAAUACGUGAAAAUUAAGAGUUUGUAUUAGAAAAUAAAUUUGUCUUUGCAUUUUAUUCAUUUUUUUACUAUGUACAGAAUUACUUUACGAGUCUUGCUUGUAGCGAAAUCAUACAUUAUAUCAUCAAAAUUCUAUUUCCUACAUAGAUCAUGCUUAAUAGCAUGAAUUACAAUAUUGAAUGACAAUGAAAAUGUUUGUCUAUAUAUUUCUGGAGAUUUGUAUGAGUUUUCAAUAGAUUUUAAUAAUUUUCAGAGAUUUCCAGGACUUUUAAAAAAAUAUAUUCUGCAAUUUCAGGAGAUUUCCAGGAGCUCCUGGUAAAUCAGGAGGCCACGGGAAAUCUGUUAAAAGUUAUAAAAUGGUUUAAUUUAAUAAUUUACACCUAGAAUUAGCACAGUCGCAUAUGUUUUAGUGGCCUAAGGCCGGCCAUGCAAAAUAGCAGGGUAUGCUACGCCGUGGGUCGACCAGUAAUGUAAUAAAUUAAGUGUAACUGAAAACAAUUCACAGAAAUCAUAAAAGAACUUUAAACAGUAGUUCUAAGCUUCUCUCCCUUUCUCUGUUCUUCUACACACUUCCGGUGUCCAAUUACUAAUUGCACACAUUUUCCAUAAGCAAAAAUCAUGUAAUCAUUUUGAUAAGUCUGCACAGUACAAUAAAAGGGGAAGUUAUACAUUAAUUCAAAAAUGUUAAUCAGGGGGAUAUAACAGGUUUAUAUAUAGAGAGAGAAUUACAUAUGUAGAGAGAAAGACAGAGAGUUACAAUCAGUUAGCCUUGUUGUUUUAUUUUGGUUAAAAUAAUGAUUGUUUUCAGACAUUUUUGAAAGAGAAUCAUAUCAGCUACAUUUUUUUUACUAUCUUCAAUGUUUCUCUGACUAGACCAGUGAUGCCCAACCAAAUUUGACCUAUGGGCCAUUUUUUUUCCAACACUCAUAUUGCGGGCCACAUGACCGAAAAGGUACAAAAACUAGACUAAAUUGACCUGAAACUAUUUUUAUUAGUAACCUGUGGAUCUAGUACUUACCUUAGUUAAUGGGAUAUUUGAAUCUUAACUUUUUUACGCAUCAAAAAAUGACCUCAUUUCUCUUCUUCAAAUGUGAGCAACAUUGUAGCUAGCUUUACCACCAACUUUUUUUCUUGUCUCUGGUAAAUAUUCUAAUAAAUCCUCCUAUCUUCAGGCAUAGUUUAACGAUCUUUUAUUCCCAACUCAAAUAAAUAAGUCGUCUCAUUUGUUUUAUAACGCAGUUUAUAUGUUGUUGUUUUUUUAAAACAGCCAGACUUUCUUUAUAAAACAAUAUAUUUUGGUCUAUUAUCGUGUUCCUCUAAAAGUAAAGAUUUGUUCACUUUUCUUGGUAGAUCCUAAAUUCAGAGUCCCAUUUCAUAAAUGCACAAAUGUUAAAUGUCAUGGAAUCCUUCAGAGAAAAGUUGGGGCCCUAACAAGGGUGAAGAUACAUUUUUCAAGUUGUUUUUUUCAACCUUUUGUGCUAACGUUUCGGCAGGCCAGAUGGAACCAUGUCUGGCCCACGGGCCGUACUUUGGGCAUCACUGGACUAGACUAUAGAAGUCCACACAAAACAAUUUUUUUUUAAUGAGUCCAAAGCACUGCUGAAUGAUUCAUUGUUCAGCGAUCUUACACAUGUGUUACACUUGAUAGAUUGUACAGUGUUUAAGUGUUGUUUUUAUAGUAAAAUAUUUUUUGUUAAUGGGUAUCACAGUAAUUUACAGCAUUCACCUUGUAAUCAUAAACUUUGUAAUGAUUUUCACUUAACUUUUUCUUUAGACUAGUCAGCACAAUGUAAUUCAUUAAUAUGUUUAACUAAUUGUUCAAGUGGAUCCUUGCAUCUAGUUGGCAAUCCCUUUUUCUAUUUACUGACCUCAAAUAGUUCUACAAGUAUUUAAUUUUAUACAGAAGUCACUUGAAACUCUGAUUUGUAUUUUUCUGUGCGCAUAGGAUGUAAAUCUUGUAAUCAGAGAUCAGCCCAGGAAUACAAUUAAGAUGGUGGUAUUCUAGUCUGAUAUUACAAUGACUGAUAAACACAAAAUGUGUUUAGCAGUUAUCUGGGUACUGACUGAACAUAAAGCAAUCUCUGAACUAGUCAAUAUGUUUUUUAACAGCAUUUAUCAAUGCUAGUCUACUUAUCUACUUGAUAUUACUAUUGUUAAUUUACAGUUUGGCUACUCUAUUGGUAGUUUAUUUAUAUAGAUAUAUAUGGAUAUAUACCCACUGAAAUAUAUUUAUUUACUUACUAAAGCUCCAGUUGUAUGCCUUUUGUAUAUGGUAUAUUUUCACAUAUACAUUUGUUUUACUGUUUUCAUUUUUUUCUAAGUUUAUUAUAUUUUUGACUGCAGCAAACUGUUUUUUUUUUACAUGCAAUGCUAAAAAAAAUGUUUUUUUCUGUUUAUGUUUACAAAUGAAAUGAUCCAAGAAAAUGCACUUGUUAUUUUCAAACCUCAAUUUGUAACACAUCCUCUUUUAAAAAUCAAAAAACAACAAAAUGAGUAAAACUGAAUUGGAGAAAUGUUGAAAUGUAUUCUCAUCUUCCACAAUUAAAAUUGUAUCCUACCAAAAAAGAUUCUACUUUUAAAUUUAUUUAUUCAUACUUGUUUUAAAAACUUUUCAGCUGGGUGAGUUUAAUUUGCUUACCAAACAUUUACAUUUAUGGAAAUGUUAUAUUAAGUGAAAUUUCAUCAAACUUGUAUAGAAAGAAAAAGUUGAUUACCUGUUCAUUCACAAUCUUCAACUCAAUAUUAAUUGGACUCAGGAUUGUACCAGUUGUAAAAUUGAUGACAAAAAAAAUAAUAUUUUUUACAGUAGAGAGUAUGCAAAAUUAAUUUUUUUUUAAAUAUUUUUUUGAUGUAUAAAACAAAGAUUAUUAUGUCCUAGUUCAGACCUGCAAGGAAUGGUGCUGAUAAGUUUUGAACUUGGGACCAUUGUGAUGACUGUCAGGAGUGUUUCAUGUGACAACAAAGUGAUCAAAUUUUUAAACCAUUCUACUUUGUAAUUAAUGUAAAAUGUUAUGUGAUUUUAUUUUUGUUAGAAAUAAAUAUUUAUUAUGAAGUUGGUAAAUAAAAAGUCAACACAAUCUUGAAAGUCAAGAAAUGGAAAUAUACAUGGAUAACAAAAAGUUUAA